AUGUGGGCCGAUAAUGGCGAUGUCAAGCUAUACGUGUAUUGCGACAUAGUCUCACAUUUGUCCCUAAUCACCGGGACCGUCAAGCCUAUGGCUACUUUGAUAAUCACUCGCCGACUUUAUCUCAUCACCAGCUUACAAUCCGUGGAGCCCCCGACGAGAACCGCAAGACGAAGGAAUCUCGCGAUCGAGUGGAUACUCGGCUUGGGCAUUCCUCUGCUUGUCGCAGGACCGCUCUACUAUGUAGUUCAGUGGCAACGAUUCAACGUCAAACCGGUCUUUGGUUGCACCGACGCCCCCGACGACUCAAUACUCGGUAUCUUGCUUCUUAACUCUGGGAUUGUAUUACCCCCCCUGGUGUCCAUCAUCUUCUACUAUCCUCACGUCGCGCAUACGUUCUAUCGCCACAGUCGGGAAGUCAAUCAAUUCUUACGAAGCAACAACUCAGUAUCCCGCACGAACUACUUCCGGAUUCUUGUCCUCGCAAGCGUCGACGUUCUGCUCACACUGCCUAUAGGCCUCGUGAUCAUUGUCUUGAAUGUAAAAGGGCAUGCUCAGAUGUUUGGUCCCCUCCCAUUCUACCAUGGCUGGACCCAAGACCACGUGGGAUGGCAGCCGGUGGGCCUUUCAUAUGCAUACGUAGUGUCCGAAGGGACUCUCGAUCUGGCGUUGUUCUACUUCGAGUAUUGGACUUCACCGAUCCUGGCGUUCGUCAUCUUUGCGCUCUUCGGCGCCACAUCGGAGGCUCGCGCCUCGUACUGGCGCAUCAUCUGCAGCAUUUGCGGCUGA